AGCCCAAUGAUUCAGGUGCAGAGAUUCUCUUCCGACACCCCUUUUGGGGGAGUGGCGGAUUCCGAGGUUCUCACCUUACCUUUGUCCCUGCCUUCCCUUUCGCAGAAGUCUGGGAGACCACCAACUGGUGGUGCACCGUCACGGCCCUCCUGUGCAUCUGUGUGAUUCUGCUCUUUUUGGUGGUGCUUAUGAGUCUGAAAGUGGGCUUGCUGGAGAAGAAGAUAAAUGAAGAGGCAGAUGUGUGGCAGUGGAAGAUCCUCACCUUGACUGAAAUCCUGAGAGACUUACAGAUUGGCAAAGUUCCCACGUGCAGCAUCUGCAAAGUCCAGUGGGUGCAACAAGGUGACAACUGUUUCCUCUUCCGGGACAAGCGAAUGGGCUGGCAUUCGAGCCAGGGCUUCUGCCAGCAUGAGAACGCUUAUCUGGCAGUGGUCAGGAACACCAUAGAGAUGAAGUUCCUGAAGUUUCAUUCCAAUAAACAUUAUCACCUGGAUCCCGAGAUAUACAAGUACGACAAAUUCUGGAUUGGUUUAUCAUAUGACACCACAAAAGGAAGAUGGUUGUGGGUAGAUGGAACUCCCUUCGACUCCAGGCUAUAUGAAAAACUGGAUCAUAAAGGCUGUGCCUACCUCCAGAAUGGAACACUUUACUCCCAGAAUUGCAGUGAAACAGCCAAAAUAAUUUGUGCGACAAAUGUCCAGUUUGGCUGGAGCUGAGUACUCAACUUUGAUGCCCAGGCCACCUCCUGAACAGAAGCUGUUUCUUGACCUUCUGUGCUGCUGCAGUGGGGUGAUGCUAACUUCCUUCCCUCUCUGUUAUGGUAAAUAAAUCUGAA